AUGCAACAGACGCAAACACAAAAUUUUCAUGAUCCUCGAUUGAGUACGAGUUCUCAUUCUUCAUUAUCAGCAGCAACAAAUGCACUUCUUAAUGGACUUCUACCAUCUCAUCGUUUUUCUCAAAUAUCAACUAAUGCACCAGCACUUGCAGCAAAUCUUACUUCAAAUCAAUUACAAGCAUUACAAAAACGUAAUAAACAAUUAAAACGAACUGAAAGAAUCAAACACGCUAGUUUAACUUUAAGUUUAACUUUUAUUCUUGCUCUUCUUCUUAUUAUAACAAUUGAAUUGGCAACAAAACUUAUUAAAAUUCAAUUCGAAAAUGUUACAUCGAAUAAAAUUUCUAAUUUAACUACAACGAAUAAUCAAACAAAUUUAACAAAUGAAAAACAAUAUCCUAUUCGUGCUUUUUUUACUUGUGUUUGGAUUUUUAAUAGUCUUCUAUUUAUUAAUUGUUUCAUCGUACAUACAAUCGCUAUUCAACAACGUUCAAGACGUGGUCGAACAACGGCUCUAUUUCUUAGAGAAUUCGGUCGAAUAUUUGACAAAGGAAAAUCCUCAUCAAAUAAUACAUUAGUUGAUUGUUUAAUAAAAACUUGUCUAUUAUGUUUUCUUUGGUAUUCAACUUGUUAUUUAAUAAUUCGUUCAAUGACAAUUCUUAUUUCUGUCGAAAUUAUUAUUCUUUAUUCAAUAACAAUAACAUCACGACAACUUUUUGGAUGGAUUUUUUUGCAUGAACAAUUUAUUGGUAAUAAGGUUAUUGCUUAUAUAGUUGCUUUAUCAGCUUUUCUUUUUCUUGCACAUGAUGAUGGAUUUCGUUUUAAUACAUUUUUACGUGGUCUUUCAAUGGUUGCAUGUGCUGUUGGAUUGAAAACAACUUUUGAUAUUCUUGUUAAUAGUUUUAUUGAAGAUUUAACAAGUACAAAAUUGAGAAUUGUAAUGAUUAAUGUGUGUUUCUGUGGAACAUGUCUUCUAUGGCCAUUUGCUUUACUUCUACAUUUCACUCAGGUUGAACAAUUUGAGUAUAAACAUAUUCGAUGGUUAUUAACGAUUAGUACAUUGAUUUGUGCUCUUUCAUUCAAUGUUCUAACAAUUACCAUUCCAUUGAAAUAUAGUUCAGUAGCCAAUGCUGCUUGUCUACUUUUUGUUAUACCUUCAACGUCUAUUAUCGAUCGUUAUUUGUUGAAUAUUAAUUAUUCACCUUUAGUUAUUUCCGCUAUUAUAUGUUCAUUUGCCGGAGUUCUUCUUUCAAUGAUACCAGGAGAAUGGUUUCAAGUUAGUGAAACAGCCAAAAUGAAACAAGCAUUAGGAUUACUUAAUAAAGAUUCAAAUACAAAUACUACUACAAUAGGUACGAGUGGAACAACAACUGGAACAUCUUCAGCAUUUGAAGAAAUACGUGCUCAACGACGUAUUCGAAAUGCUCUUUUAUACAACGAGGUCAAGACGUGA